GGUCGUCUGUGGCCGGCUCUCCGACGCGAGGCGUGGCGGAUCGGGGCAGUCCUGACUCCCGAGAGGGAGGGAUCGAUCGAUCGAUUGAUUGGUCGUCAGUGACUAACCAUUUAGAACUGGAGCACAUCGUGCCGGGGUCCGUGUGCGGCAGCAGGCCUCCAGGACCCGUCCCUGCUGCCCGAAGGCGCUGCGACCAUGGAUGGGAGGCGGCUGCCCUGCUCCCGCCCCCUGGGGCUCUGCGUCCUCGUCUGCUUGGCCACCGCUGCCCUCCUGGGGCAUGUCCUGCUGCACGAUUUCACGAUGGUCCCCCGAGAGCUGCAUGGCUUCUCCCAAGUACCCAAGGAGAUUUACCGAGCUCCCCAGCAGGGAGCCAGCGGCCCAGGGCCCCAACCCGCCCCAGGGCGCCGCGGCAGUCCCAGAGCAGCUCCGGCACAGUGCGACACGCCCCCCGACAGCCGCUUCGACUGUGCCCCAGACAAGGCCAUCACCCAGGAGCAGUGUGAGGCCCGGGGCUGCUGCUACGUGCCUGCCAGGCGGCAGCCUCCGGGCUCCCAGAUGGGGCAGCCCUGGUGCUUCUUCCCCCCCAGCUACCCGAGUUACAAGCUGGGGAACCUGACCACCACCGAGAUGGGCUACACCGCCACCCUCACUCGAGCCGCCCCGACCUUCGUCCCCAAGGACAUCCUGACCUUACGGCUGGACGUGCUCGUGGAGACUGAGAGCCGACUCCACUUUACGAUCAAAGACCCCGCCAACAGGCGCUACGAGGUGCCCCUGGAGACCCCGCGCGUCCGCAGCCGGGCAACGUCCACUCUCUACAGCGUGGAGUUCUCGGAGGAGCCCUUCGGGGUGGUCGUGCGCCGGAAGCUGAACGGACGGGUGCUGCUGAACACGACGGUGGCCCCCCUGUUCUUCGCCGACCAGUUUCUGCAGCUGUCCACCUCCCUGCCAUCCCGGUACGUCACUGGCCUUGCCGAGCACCUUGGCCCCCUGAUGCUCAACACCAACUGGACCAAGAUCACCCUCUGGAACCGGGACAUCGCCCCCACGCCCUCCGUGAACCUCUACGGGUCCCACCCUUUCUACCUGGUGCUGGAGGACGGCGGGUCGGCUCACGGGGUCUUCCUCCUGAACAGCAAUGCCAUGGAUGUGGUCCUGCAGCCUAGCCCGGCCCUCAGCUGGAGGUCAACUGGCGGGAUCCUGGACGUGUACGUCUUCCUGGGCCCGGAGCCCAAGAGCGUGGUGCAGCAGUACCUGGAAGUCGUGGGCUACCCGUUCAUGCCGCCGUACUGGGGCCUGGGUUUCCACCUCUGCCGCUGGGGCUACUCCUCCACCGCCAUCACCCGCCAGGUCGUGGAGAACAUGACCAGGGCCCACUUCCCCCUCGACGUCCAGUGGAACGACCUGGACUACAUGGACGCCAGGAGGGACUUCACUUUCAAUAAGGACGGCUUCGGGGACUUCCCGGCCAUGGUGCAGGAGCUCCACCAGGGCGGCCGGCGGUACAUGAUGAUCGUUGACCCCGCCAUCAGCAGUUCUGGCCCCCCCGGGAGCUACCGACCCUAUGACGAGGGUCUGCGGAGGGGGGUUUUCAUCACCAAUGAGACUGGGCAGCCGCUGAUUGGGAAGGUAUGGCCCGGGUCCACCGCCUUCCCCGACUUCACCAACCCUGAGGCCCUUGACUGGUGGCAGGACAUGGUGGCCGAGUUCCACGCCCAGGUGCCCUUUGACGGCAUGUGGAUUGACAUGAAUGAGCCGUCCAACUUCGUAAAGGGCUCUGUGGACGGCUGCCCCGACAGCGACCUGGAGAACCCACCCUAUGUGCCAGGGGUGGUUGGCGGGACCCUCCGGGCAGCCACCGUCUGUGCCUCCAGCCAGCAGUUCCUCUCCACGCACUACGACCUGCACAACCUGUACGGCCUGACCGAAGCCAUCGCCUCCCACAGGGCCCUGGUGAAGGCUCGGGGGGUGCGCCCCUUCGUGAUUUCCCGCUCAACCUUCGCUGGCCACGGCCGAUACGCCGGCCACUGGACAGGGGAUGUGUGGAGCAGCUGGGAGCAGCUCUCCUACUCUGUGCCAGAAAUCCUGCUCUUCAACCUGCUGGGGGUGCCGCUGGUCGGGGCCGACAUCUGUGGCUUCCUGGGCAACACCUCGGAGGAGCUGUGUGUGCGCUGGACCCAGCUGGGGGCCUUCUACCCCUUCAUGCGGAACCACAACGGCCUGGACAGCCUGCCUCAGGAGCCGUACAGGUUCAGCGAGACGGCGCAGCAAGCCAUGAGGAAGGCCUUUGCCCUGCGCUACAUGCUGCUGCCCCACCUCUACACACUGUUCCACGGGGCACACACCAGGGGCCAGACUGUGGCCCGGCCCCUCUUCCUGGAGUUCCCUGAGGACCCCCGCACCUGGACCGUGGACCGCCAGCUCCUGUGGGGGGAGGCCCUGCUCAUCACCCCAGUGCUCGAGGCCGGGAGGGUCGAAGUGACUGGCUACUUUCCGCUCGGCACGUGGUACGACCUGCAGACGGUGCCAGUAGGGGCCCUUGGUGGCCUCCCCUCUCCAGCUCCUGCACCCCUCAUGCCUGCCAUCCACAGUGAAGGGCAGUGGGUGACACUGCCAGCCCCACUGGACACCAUCAACCUCCACCUUCGGGCUGGGCACAUCAUCCCCCUGCAGGGACCCGGCCUCACAACCACAGAGUCCCGCAAGCAGCCCAUGGCCCUGGUUGUGGCCCUGACCUCGAGUCGGGAGGCCCAGGGGGAGCUGUUCUGGGAUGACGGCGAGAGCCUGGGAGUGCUGGAGCGCGAGGCCUACACCCACAUCAUCUUCCUGGCCAGGAACAACACCAUCAUAAACGAACUGUUGCAUGUGACCAGUGAGGGGGCCAGCCUGCAGCUGGAGAGGGUGACUGUCCUGGGGGUGGCCGUGGCCCCCCAGCAAGUCCUCUCCAAUGGUGUUCCUGUCUCCAACUUCACCUACAACCCUGACACCAAGACCCUGGACAUCCCUGUCUCGCUGACCAUGGGAGAGCAGUUUCUCAUCAGUUGGUCUUAACCAGGGGCUGAUGUGUGUUGACCCCUACAGAUUGACUUCCCAGAGGCCCCAGCACCUGUCCACUCUCCAUCAAGGCGGGUGGGCCUUGGGGUUAGAAGCGCUUACCCCAUGUCGCAUGGCGAUGACCUCCCAAACACCCAGAUUUGCUUAUGUGUCUACCUCCUGGGCUCUGGGGCUCUGGGCCAGUGGCCCAUCUUUGACAGCUUUUCUCCCCAGGUUCCAGUCAGGCCAAUGCCCUGAGGGUUGCCCUGUUAGGAAUGUGACAUCGAAGGUUUACCUCUCCAUAGUCUGUCACUGUGAAGUGUGUAAUGUCAGCUGCCACCAGCUGCCUGCCUGUGAUGGCACAGGCAGUGCUUGGGAUGGGGAUGACGUACCUGCUCCGAGGUCACACCACUAGAGGCUCUGCUGCUGCUCUGACCGGAUGAAAGGGUAGAGCGGGGCGGCCGCUGUAGACUGCUUUCUGGGCAGCUGCCCCCCACCCCCCGACAACAGGUCGGCGCUGUCUGCCGGCCUGAGGAGUGGGCCCCGGGGAAUUCAGGACAAUUCACAGGACUUAGGGAAACUCUUAAUCUUAAGUGCAAUUAUCUUUAAUAAAAGAGGCGUUUGCAAUCAAGCUUCUGCUGAUCCUUCUAGGGUUCAGGAGAGGUAGGAUGUGGCCAAGGGCCAUGACAUGGGGCCCACACUGUGCAUGCUCCAAGCAGCACCCUCACAUCUCAUCACCUCACGUCCCAGUGUCACCUCACAUCCCAGUGUCACCCAUCUCUAAGGUGGUUGGAGAAUGUCCAGCUGGGCCUGGUUUCAGAGUCAUCUGGUGGGAGAGGUGUGCCCCCCCCCCCCCAGGGCUGUGUGGCCAGGGCUGCCUCCCCGACACCUCCGUCCCCAGGCAGCCGCCGACUGGCAGCCACUGGCCUGCUUCGGUCAGUAGAGUUUACAUUUUCUAGAGUUAUAUAUGAAUGGAAUCACACAGCAUGUAUUCUUUGUCUGUUACCCAGCAUAAUUACUUUGAGAUUCAUCCAUAUUGGGUGUGUAUCAACACCCUGUCCUUUUUCAUUGCUAGUUUUCCAUUGUAUGGCUAUUCCACCAUUUGUUUAUCCACUUUUAAUGGACAUUAGGACUGUGUUCAGUUCUGGCUUUUAUGAAUAAAGCUGCAGUGAGCAAUCAUG